AUGUCUGUUUUGGAAACCGAGUCCUUCCUGGAUUUCGAGCAGCUGUUGGCAGCUCCUGAGGCUUUGUUCGCUACAUCGCCCUAUCAAGCCAAUUCCCAUCAACCCACGAUGGGCGCGGCUGAUUGGGCGACGGACGAGCGCUUCCUCGACGAGCUCAUCAUGGCCACCUCCUCUCCUGUGAGCGAGGUUGCGAUGUCGCCGGCCUUCACGGACGUCAACGACAUCAACUCUCCCUUGUUCUCUGGAUUGUUGCAAGACUCUCCCGUCACUUCCAUCUCCAGCAACUUCUCGUCGCCUCAGUUCGAAGUACCCGUGCAGACGGACAUGUGGGCUGGCAUAGACGACGGCCUCAUGUUCCCCUCGCUCAUGUCCCCGACGAAGCAGCAAGGGAUGUUUCAGCCUCAGAUGGCAGCGCAACAGAUAAUCAACAACCAGAUCAUCAACCACCAGAUCAUGCCUGCGCCUGCUCCCGUUGAGGUUGUCGCACCCGCUGUCGAGAUUGCCCAUCCCCUCUUGAGUGGCAUCGGACCUACGGCGGCAUCUUUGGCUUUGAACCCGACUGUUCUUGCCGCUGCUUCUGCGGCGACCGGUUUGGACGUCAAGUACCUUCAACAGCAGCUGCAGAACUUUGCUCAAACGCAAACCGUUCAAACGGCUCCUGUUGCCGUACCGAAGGCCAAAGCCGCCGAUAUGGGUGCCGCGGCAGCUCCCGCCGAACGCCCUCGUACCUCUGCAGGCCCUGGCCGGAAGAGGAAGGAGCGUCCGACAGAUGCCGCUGCCAUCCUCGCUGAACUGGACAUGAAGCGUCAAAAGAAUACCGAAGCCGCUCGUCGAUCCCGUCAAAAGAGGCUCGAACGUCUCUCGGAACUGGAGACGCACGUCAAGGAAGUGGAAGCCGAACGUGACCAGGCCAAAGCCGAGUUGGAGGCUUUUCGGGAGGAAAGCGACGCCAAGGAGGGAAUGCUGAUGAAGGAGAUGGCCGAACUUCGUGCAAGGCUCGCGCUUUACGAAACUGCUGCAUGA